AUGGGAGGGCGUGGAGACGUCGGAGUGUUGCUGGAGGUGCCUGGGCCGGCGGAGGCGGGCCCGUGCGAGGACGACAACACGGAGGAGCAGACGGAGGACGAGGACCCCGAGGAGGAGGGUAACAGGGAGGGCGGCGUCGAAGCGGAGUCCAGGAGCAACGAGUGCGAACCCCCCUCGGACGGCAGCUCCGAUGGCUACGGGGAGUCGGGGGAGUGCGUGGACGAGGGCAUGGAUCGGGAAGACGUCUCGUCGGAAGGCGGCCUGGAGGACGAAGACUUCGAGUCGGAGGCGGCCUGGAGGACGAAGACUUCGAGUCGGAGGUCGAGGGCAGCGACGGCGCGGAGCUGGACGAGCCUGCCCACCGAGAUCGGAACGGAACGCCGAGGCCACGCCGCCGCAAGUGCAGACGCUCGCCCGGUGGCGGCCUUUAUGAUGAGGCGGCGUUCGUGGAGCACUUCGGGGGGAGCUUCGGCCGCCACGCAUGGGAGGAGUACGCCGCCGAGGGCGGCCGCGCCGCGCUGGAUACGCCCCUGA